AUGGCGGGUGGAGUUUUAGUUGCUUCAAUAAAUGGAAGGAAAUAUGAAGGAAAUGUUACAAUGUUUGUUUUGGUCACAUGUUUGGUGGCGGCCAUGGGAGGUCUACUUUUUGGUUAUGAUCUUGGUGGCUUGUUUUUCCUUGUUGGUGCAUUGCUCAAUGGUUUUGCUGUCAACAUUGAAAUGCUUAUCAUUGGUCGCAUAUUACUUGGUUUUGGUGUAGGAUAUUGUAAUCAGUCAGUUCUAAUGUAUUUGUAUGAAAUGGCUCCAGCAAAGAUUAGAGGUGCACUCAACAUGGGCUUCCAAAUGAUGAUAACUAUUGGAAUCCUAGGGGCAAACAUUAUCAACUACUUUACUUCUAAUCUUGAGAGUGGAUGGAGAAUUUCUUUGGGUAUCGGAGUUGUCCCUGCAAUUUUGUUGUGUAUAGGAUCUUUUUUCUUAGGUGACACUCCAAACUCUAUGAUUGAAAGGGGGCAAAAAGAAGAAGCUAAGAAAAUGUUGCAAAAGAUUCGUGGAAUUGAUAAUGUCGAUGAGGAGUUCCAAGAUCUAAUUGAUGCUAGUGAGGAAGGAAAAAAGCAACUCACAGGAAUCAAUGUUAUCAUGUUUUAUGCCCCAAUCUUUUUCAAAACUUUGGGCUUUGAAAACAAUGCUUCCCUCAUGUCUGCAGUAAUUACCGGAGGUGUCAAUGUUCUUGCUACUUUUGUUUCCAUCUUCACUGUGGACAAGUUUGGAAGAAAGAUUUUGUUUCUUGAAGGUGGUGUCCAAAUGUUUAUUUGUCAGAUUAUUGUUGGAAGCAUGAUUACUAUCAAGUUUGGAGUUAGCGGUGAAGGCUCAUUUACACAUAUUGAAGCUAAUCUUCUUUUGUUCUUCAUAUGUUUGUAUGUUUCCGCAUUUGCAUGGUCUUGGGGUCCAUUGGGAUGGUUAGUUCCUAGUGAAAUAUGCUCUCUUGAGGUUCGCUCUACAGGUCAAGCUACCAAUGUUGCUGUGAACAUGUUGUUCAUCUUUUUCAUUGCUCAAGUUUUUCUUACUAUGCUUUGUCACUUGAAGUUUGGACUUUUUUUCUUCUUUGCUGGAUUUGUUCUUAUAAUGACAAUUUUCAUUGUCAUAUUUUUUCCCGAGACAAAUAAUGUCCCAAUUGAAGAAAUGAAUAAAGUGUGGAAGUGUCAGUGGUUUUGGACAAAGUUUGUUCCAGAUGUUGUCGUUGAUCAAGACCAUAAGGUUGUUGCUUGA